GAAUGGGUAUAUCACUAAAUAUCUCUAAUAAUGAAGGGCAUUAAAUCUUUUCUUUUUUUUUGGUUCGGUCGAAUAUGGUCUAAUUCCCUAAACAACCCAAACGCCUCCCCACCAAUUACACCACCUCCCUCCCCCACUAGGAUACUAAUUCAGAUAUGGCUAGGAUUCCUUUUUUCUUUUGGAUUGUUACCAUGUUUUCCUAUAAAUGCCCAGCCAACAAUUACAAUACCUACCGAAAGUUUAGCAUCUCUUGUUUUCCUUUUGAAGUAAGUGAUCUCUGCUUUUCUUUUAAAAGCACGUAUAUAUCAGCAUCUCUGGGUUUCUUUUCUGCUUCUUUGCGUAGCCUUACUAUAUUCAGGUCUUUGGAUGGCCAGAGAAAGUCGUAAAAGGAAAUUGUUAAAUAUGAGCCCGGAGCUCCCAACCGAAAUCAUAUUCUCCCAUAUACUCCCACGGCUACCACCAAAGGAUCUGAUGAUGCAGUGCAGGUGCGUAUGCAAGUCUUGGUCCUCCCUCAUCUGCAGCCCUUCCUUUGUUGCCGACUUUUGGAACGACAGAAACAAGAGCACCACUAACUUCCUUUUCCAAAAGCAAAACUGCUUUUUCUCCUCAAAAAUAGAGGAGAAGGAGCAACAAGGAGGAGGGAAUAAUAAUAAUAACAGGGUUCUAAUACCAACACCCGUCACCGAACUUUCAUACCUGAGUCGAUGUGAAGCUUUUCAACUUUAUAGAUAUGAUGGAGCGCAAAGCGUCCAUGGCUUGGUUUGUUCAUCCUCUAGUUAUGGUGGCCCAGUUUUCAUACUUAACCCCAGCACUCGAGAGUCCAUUCAACUUCCCCAUGUCAAGCACAAUGCAUUAGUUGUAUAUAACUUUGGCUUCAGUCCACUUACCAAUGAGUAUAAGGUUCUCCAGCUCAUCAACUUUCAUAAUUCAGGUUUUCAGUUCAACGCAUUCACGCUAGGUCAGGAUUCUUCGUGGAGAGCAUUGCAGGUUGACCCUGCAGCAGGCGACGUUGACCUUCCAUUUAAAAUAUUGGCUGUUGCCAGAAGUCCUAACAGUGUGUGCAUCAAUGGGGCCAUACACUGGAUCGAUAAGAGUGAAAAAAACAUUGUGGUAUUUGACGUUGGAGAGGAGAGCUUCAGUGUGGUGCCACUCUCUGAAGAUUGUGCUCAAGACUUAGUUGACUAUGAUGCUAAUUUUCCAAGUAUAGUUGAGGUGGGAGGAUGUGUGGCUGUGUUUGUUGCGAACCGGUGGGAACAUAACAAGAUAAUUUUAUGGAUUUUGAAAGACUACCAAAACCUUGUGUGGGUUAAGGAGACUAUUACUAUUGGUGAGAUACCCAAAAAAACAAUCUGCGGUGAAGUUUUGGGCACAAUUCACACAGGUGAGCUAGCCAUAAUGCUGGAAGUUGUCGACUCUCCACUCCAAUUACAUCUUUAUAAUAUGAAGAGCAAAAGAUAUAGAAUAUUUGAUUUUGUUUGGCCUGGGUUUAUGGCAAAGCCCCACGGAAGACCAUUGAUUCAGUUAGUUUAUAGUGAUAGCAUUGUCCCCUUAAAAUGAGAUGGAUAGAUAUGAUAUACAUUUGCUCACAGAAAAUCUGCUGCAUUACAAUUUACAUACAGGAAGAAAGUUUUGCAUAAAUUCUAUGCAAGU